GGACGCCAUAUUAUUUCGGAAUACCGGUGUGAAUAUAACACUAAGCUGUAUUUAUGCAGCUAGUUUAAAAUAAAGUUACUAAGUGCCAUUCUCAAAAAGGAAGAAAUAAUCCAUUCUUGUGAAGAAAAUGUCUCUUUCAACUGCGCGCUCUUUCUUGUCGGAGGCCGGUUAUGGGGAACAGGAGUUAGAUGCUAAUUCGGCUCUCAUGGAGCUGGACAAAGGCUUGAGAUCGUGCAAUCUGGGGGAACAGUGUGAAGCUGUGGUCCUCUUUCCCAAGCUCUUCCAGAAAUAUCCCUUCCCCAUCCUCAUCAACUCAGCCUUCCUGAAACUGGCCGAUAUUUUCAGACUUGGGAACAACUUCCUCCGGAUGUGUGUGCUGAAAGUGACCCAGCAGAGUGAGAAGCACCUGGAGAAGAUCCUGAACGUGGACGAGUUUGUUAAACGAGUCUUUUCUGUCAUCCACAGUAAUGAUCCCGUAGCCAGAGCCAUCACACUCAGAAUGCUGGGCAGCCUGGCGUCCAUUAUCCCGGAAAGGAAAAACGCCCAUCACAGCAUUCGCCAGAGCUUGGACUCCCAUGACAACAUGGAAGUGGAGGCCGCCAUCUUUGCAGCAGCCAGUUUCUCAUCCCACUCGAAAGACUUUGCAGCGGGGAUUUGCAACAAGAUCAGUGAGAUGAUUCAAGGCCUGGCCACUCCAGUAGACCUGAAGUUAAAGCUGAUCCCCAUGCUCCAGUACAUGCACCACGAUGCUGCUUUGGCCUCCCGGAGCAGGGAGCUGCUGCAGAAGCUCGUAUCCUCGUACCCCUCCACGCCCAUGGUGAUCGUCACACUGCACACCUUCACGCAGCUUUCCCUCUCAGCUCUCAUCCACAUCCCCAAACAGAUUGAUUUGCUUCUGCAGUAUCUGAAGGAAGACCCGAGAAAAGCAGUGAAAAAACUCGCCAUUCAGGACCUGAAACUCCUGGCUAAGAAAACUCCUCACAUGUGGAGCAGAAAGAACAUACAGCUGUUGUGUGAGAGUGCCCUCAGCACCCCUUAUGAUGGUCUAAAACUCGGCAUGGCCUCUGUCCUCUCUACACUCUCUGGAACCGUUGCCAUCAAGCAGUACUUCAGCCCUACCACAGGUGAAUCCCCACCAUCUCCUCACCUGACUGAUAUUGUCAAGCUGGCGCAGGAGUGCUGUUACCAUAGCAACCUGGCCGUGGCGGCUCACGGCAUAACUGUGCUAGCUAACAUUGCCAUUUCCUGCCCUGAGAAAGAUGUUGUACAGUUGGAGCAGGACACGGUGAUGGGGAUGGAGUCUUUACUGUUGCUGUGCAGUCAGGACGACAGUGCGUCCGCUCAGACCACGCUGAAAACGGUGCUGGUGUGUCUGGUGAGGAUGUUGAGGGCGCGUCCUCUCCUCAGUCAGAUGUGUGUAGAGCUCCUCUUGGCACAGCUGCAUCACUCCUGUGACUCGGCGUGCACUGCUAUCUGCCAUGCUCUGGCCGCCAUCGUUACUCAGCUGCCAGUGCUGGGGGAGAGCAUGCUGGGAAAUCUUUUGGAGCUGUACAGCAGUGCCACUCACAGGAGCUCUGAUAAACAGCAGGAAAUUUUGGUGUGUUUGGCUACAGUGGUGUUUGUGGCAAGUCAGUCGUCUCUGAGUGCUGAGGUAAAAGCCGUGAUUCGACCGCAGCUGGAAGCCUCGGCUAAUGGCUGGACCGUCUACCGCAUUGCACGUCAGGCCUCGCGCAUGGGCUGCCACGAGUUCUCCAGCGAGCUGUACCAAAGUCUGCGCACACGCGUUGCCUCUGAGCACUUCUACUUCUGGCUGAACGCACUGAUGGAGUUCUCGCAGGCUGAGCACUGCCUGACCGGCCUGACUGACGGAGACUACAGCGGAGCCAUCACUGCCAUCACCGAUGCCCUCAAAUCCUACCAGAAAGGCUUCACUUCCCUCACGGCUGCAAGCACCCCCCUGAGUCCCCUGGUGUUCCAGUGUGAGUUUGUGAAGCUGCGAAUUGACACGCUGCAGGCUCUGGCCCAGCUUAUCUGCACCUGUAACAGCCUAAAGACGAGUCCUCCACCUGCCAUUGCUGCCAGCAUGGCCCUGUCCUCCGGGAAUGAACUGCAGCGCUGCGGACGCAUCUCCCAGCAGAUGAAGCUCUCCAUGGAUGAAUUCCGGAGUCUUGCCAGUCGCUACUCUGAUUUGUACCAGUCCUCUUUUGAUGCUGAUUCAGCUACACUCCGAAAUGUCGAACUGCAACAGCAGAGCUGCCUGCUUAUCUCCUAUGUGAUUGAGGCUUUAAUACUCGACCCUCACACUGCCAGUUUGCAGGAUUUUGGCCCGCUGAGUUCAGUUCAGGCAGAGAGCAAGUAUGAGCGCAGGAUGCAGUCUGUGUUCAACCUCGUUCUGGAGGAAGUGGAGUCACUGAGCAGGAAGCACCCUCCUGUUUCUUACCUGCACACUGGCUGUCUGUGUGACGCUGUUAUUGCUCUGCUUAAAGUGCCACUGUCCUUCCAGAGGUAUUUCUUCCAAAAACUGCAGUCAACCAGUAUCAAACUGGCUCUGUCUCCAUCUCCUCGCACACCCAAUGAGCCAAUCCCGGUGCAGAACACACAGCAGCUCACGCUAAAGGUUGAGGGAGUCAUUCAGCACGGCUCCACUCCCGGCCUUUUCCGCAAAAUCCUCUCGGUCUGCCUGAACGCCAGCUCCACGCUGCAGUCCAAACCUACUCCUGACUUCAAGAUUCCUCUCGAGUCCAAGGCCAAUGAGAUCGAGCAGCAGGUGGAGCCUCAUAACGACUACUUCAGCACUCAGUUCCUGCUGAACUUCUCUGUGCCGGGGACCCACAGUGUGACGGUGGAGGCGUGUGUGGUGGAUGAGAGCGGGGUACAGUGGAAAACCGGGCCCAAGAGUACAGUGAGCGUUAAAUCCAUGGAGGAUCCGUUCUCACAACAGCUCCGCCAUCAGCAGGCUGGAGCUCAGGCAGCUCAGCGCAACGUCACCGCCCGCUUCCAGUAACAUUUCAGCCUUGUGUUUCAGACGCCUGCAUUUGUAGUUCAUCCCUCUACCAGAUGUCCAUCCAGUGACACUUGCAUACUUGGUCCAGUGUUCAGACUAGCAAGUCUCACACUCAGGUUAUGCUGUUAUAGGAAAAUAAACAACGAUACCAUGAUCACUUUGAAGUGAUAAUAUAUUACAACUAGCGCAUUACUAGAAACUUGUGAUUUGGCUUUUCUAUAUUUGUUAUAGAAAAAUAAAGCAACAUCCUUCUUACCAA